GUAGUUCCGAAGCCCGUUCCGAGGACCCUCCUUUUUACUAUGAGCCCGCUCCAAGGCCCCCGUUUUUUGUCUCGCCCGCGGCACACCCCUACUACUUUUUUGGUCGAGUGCCCCCCCCGGGUCUCUCCCUUAUCCCGUUAGUGGAGAGAUCAGUGGGAAUUCCCCUAGUCGAUCCGAUCCCAGGCCAAGCCUAGCUAGCCUAGCCCAGAGUUUCAUGAUUUGUUUGGCGACGUCACGUCAAAAUAUUGCGUAAUGAUCACAGCUAGCUGACUGACGUGGUCUUGGACUUGGAUGAUCAUGAUUGAUGGGAUAAUGAUGAGCGACAUUCCGGAUUGAUUCGACGGCUUCAGCCUAGCCCAGACUAAACCCCCUCUGUGCUAAAACUAUGAGUAUGUGGGCCAAAUUAAGGUGAUGUACUGCCUUAGGCCUAUCCAUCUCUGAAUCUACCCCAUCCUGCCAUCAAGGUCAUGCUCAAGGUCAUGUUGAAGGGCAAUUUGAAGGUCAUAGUCAGCAAAUAAAGAAGUCAUGGCAUCACACAGCAGCAAAGAGAGCAUACGAAGAAUGAUUUGGGAUUAUCUUGAAGAGAACGACCUAGCCGAGUUUCCACGGCCGGUACAUCACAGGAUACCAAACUUCAAGGGAGCAGCUGAAGCCUGCAAUAGACUGGGUAGAAUGGAGAUCUUUCAGAAAGCUAAGACGAUAAAAGUAAAUCCAGACAAGCCGCAACAACAAGCAAGAUUCCUUGCUUUAGAGGCACAUAAAACGCUGUUAGUCCCUACUCCUCGGCUCCGGACCGGUCUGUUCAAUAGGAUUACCCCUCCAGCUGGGGCUAACAAGAAGAUGCUUAGAACCUGUUCAUCUUCACAGGGUGUAAGGCAAUACAGUGCACCAGUAGGCCUGGAUGCAGAGGUCAAGGUUGACCUGGUCAUCAUCGGGUCAGUCGCUGUCUCUCCUAAAGGUUACAGAAUCGGGAAGGGUGAAGGAUAUGCAGACAUGGAGUUUGCCAUGAUGUCAUCAAUGGGUGCGGUCAACAAGGAUACAGUUGUCAUAACGACGGUCCAUGACUGCCAAGUUCAAGAUGACCUCCCUGAUCAUUUAUUCGGAGACCAUGAUCUGGGCGUCGAUCUCAUCAUGACGCCGACGAGGACCAUUGAGUGCGAGAAUAAACGUGCGAGGCCAAAAGGUAUCGUCUGGGAACUGCUGACGAGGGAGAAAUUUUCGCAGAUUCCGGUGUUGAAGGUUCUUAGGAGACAGGAAGCAGAGAUGGGCAUUGAUGUCAGGCUGAAGGAAGAAAGAUCUGAAGGUGGUGUUGAAUGUCACACAGCAAAGGAGCGUAUAGACAGAAGAGUAGAGGAGAGUGGUAGAUUUGUAGACUCAUCCACAGCCGCUACUGCAAAAAAUUAUAGCAAUGAUGAAGCGUCACUGUUAAGAAUGCAUGGCAAAAUGCCUGGUGUGGAGUCUAGUUUCAAAGAAAAAAGAUAUACAUCAGACAGAAUGGACGCAAGAGUUUCUCAAGGAUUGGGGGAUAAGAAGAGUGGAGACAAUGAUAAAAAUGGGACAGAUGAAAGGUCAAAAGGAUAUGAAAUGAAGGGUCAAAGUGCAAAUAAUAGUAAAAGGUCAAAAGGUCAUAAGCCAAACUCUGGAAGAAGAAAAGAUCUAGCUGGUAUGUUUGCGUGGAACUAAUCCUUUUCGGUUGUUUUUCUUCUAGUUUCACUGAUUAUAUGUGCAAAAGUGAGCCACCAGCAUUACAUUGGUGAUACUGAACAAAUAAUUAAUUUGCAAAUUACCCCUCUGAUGGAUAUAAAUAAAUAAUAAAAUAAUAUAGGAUUUGUAUAGCACACGUAUCCACCUUACUAGGUGCUCAAGGCGCUCCUAUAUUACCCCGGCUAAGCUAGUCUACCGAUUCUGGUGCGCACAGCUUUUUGAGGAAUUACUUCCUGUCAGUACCCAUUUACCUCACCUGGGUCGAGUGCUGAAGGAAAACACGCCAUGGCUAGGAUUCGAACCCACGACCCUCUGUUUGAAAGGCGAGAGUCAGAACCACUUGACCAUGACGCACCCUAAUAUCUAAGCAACUGAACUGAACUGGACUAUUUUGUGAAUGCCUUAUAGUGGUGCAUUCAGCCACUUCUGUAAAGCCUUCAGUUUCAUGUUUCACAUGAUGGCAUAUUAGUUCAAAUAAUAAUAAUAAUAAUCCGCUUUUAUAUAGCGCUUAAUACAUCGGAACAACAUGUCUAAGCGCUUGUUCAAAGGCCAUAAAAGUCAUAUUUCUUUGAUUCAUCAAAUCCAUUAUUGAUUAUUGUAUGUUUUUAUUAUUCUUGCAUCAUGGUUGAAACACAUGUAGUUUAACAAACAAUGCUACUUCUUCUUCUUCUUCGACUACAGCAGAGGAAGAAGAAGGAGAAGUAGCAUUGUUUGUAAAACUUGAAAGAUUUUGAUCUGUAAUUGAAUUAGGAGUGAAUAUUUUUUCCUUAAUGAUGAGUAUUUUGGCUGCCAUUUCUCUCUCAAUGGACUCAGUGGAGCAUGAAAAAACAUCUCCACCCCCCCCAAAAAAAAAAUGUGCAAAUCAGUUCAUUGAUGUGGCCAAAUGUCACCUGCUUAGGUUCAUUAAAGGGGAAGUUCACCCUGAUAAAAAAAAAUUGUAAAAAUAGCAGAAAAAAUAAUAAAAUGUAUUUGUGAAGGUUUGAGGAAAAUCCAUUGAAGAUUAAGAAAUUUCAAGUUUUUGAUUUGUGAGGCCAUAAACGAGCAACUGCCUUAUAAGUUAUGUGAUAUAAAGUGCAUUAUUUUCAUUUUUUAAUGGUUCGUGAUGACUUAUUUUUUCUUUAGGAGAAGGUGUGAAAUCAUUUGUGUAUUGAUAUACUGAAGGUACUAUAAAAUCUUUUCAUAUUUUCUGAGAAAAUGACAUUUCACUGAUUUUUUUACCAUCUGAUAUGUAGGAAAGCUUCUUGCACAUGACGUCACAACUCACAAAUCAAAGAAUUAAAAUUCUAUUAACUUUUUUAUUCUUUGAUGGAUUUUCCUCAAACCCUCGCCAAUAUUUUUUCUUCUAUUUUUACAAUAAACUUUUUUCAGGGUGAACUUCCCCUUUAAAUCAUUGGAAAUUAGCCUGGUUCCAAACAGAUACGAACCAGCCUAAUUUACACUGAUUUCGAUAAGGUCUAUUUGAUAUUUCAUCUGGCCAUACAUUGAACCACCAUAAACUAAUUCGUGAAUGUGAAAUUUGAUGUGUGGAGGUUUUUUCAUAUCAAGCAUUUUGAUAUCAUAAAUUAUGGUCUUAAAAUUGCCAAGUACCCCUCCCCUCCCCCAAUUAUAAUUAUUAUGACAUUUCAGUAUUCAAUAUCUUUAUAUGUAUUAAAAAUAUAUUAUGAUGAUAUAUUCCCACC